CUCCGAGAGCUUAUAACAACUUAGAACGCUGCGCCUUACUGCGCGCUGCGGUGCGACUGUGCGUCCCCCGUCCGGGCGCCGGACGCGUAGCCCGGGCUCUAGCCCUCUCCGCGCAGCCUGUUGACUCCUUCGCCACCCUCACUCUCCUCCUGCUCGCCAUGGAGUCCUUGGCUUUCCCCCGGCGCCCCGGCCCAGCUCCCUCGACCGCCGCCGCCCCGGCCGCGGAGCUCGCCCGGCCUGCGGCUGACGGGCUCAUCAAGUCUCCCAAGCCCCUGAUGAAAAAGCAGGCGGUGAAGCGACACCACCACAAGCACAACCUGCGGCACCGCUACGAGUUCCUGGAGACCCUGGGCAAGGGCACCUACGGGAAGGUGAAGAAGGCGCGGGAAAGCUCGGGGCGCCUGGUGGCCAUCAAGUCAAUCCGGAAAGACAAAAUCAAAGAUGAACAAGAUCUGAUGCACAUACGGAGGGAAAUUGAGAUCAUGUCAUCACUCAACCACCCUCACAUCAUUGCCAUUCAUGAAGUGUUUGAGAACAGCAGCAAGAUCGUGAUUGUCAUGGAGUACGCCAGCCGGGGUGAUUUGUAUGACUACAUCAGUGAGCGGCAGCGGCUCAGUGAACGCGAUGCCCGGCAUUUCUUCCGGCAGAUUGUCUCUGCCGUGCACUACUGCCACCAGAAUGGAGUUGUCCACCGGGAUCUCAAGCUGGAGAACAUCCUCUUAGAUGCCAAUGGAAAUAUCAAGAUUGCUGACUUUGGCCUCUCCAACCUCUACCACCAAGGCAAGUUCCUGCAGACGUUCUGUGGGAGCCCCCUCUAUGCCUCACCUGAGAUUGUCAACGGGAAACCCUACAUGGGCCCAGAGGUGGACAGCUGGUCCCUGGGCGUUCUCCUCUACAUCCUGGUCCACGGCACCAUGCCAUUUGACGGGCAGGACCAUAAGACGCUGGUGAAACAGAUCAGCGACGGGGCCUACCGGCAGCCACCUAAACCCUCUGAUGCCUCUGGCCUGAUCCGGUGGCUGUUAAUGGUGAACCCCACACGCCGGGCCACCCUGGAGGAUGUGACCAGUCACUGGUGGGUCAACUGGGGCUAUGCCACCCGUGUGGGGGAGCAGGAGACUCUCCAUGAGGGAGGGCACCCUGGCAGCGACUCCGCCCGUGCCUCCAUGGCUGACUGGCUCCGGCGUUCCUCCCGCCCGCUCCUGGAGAACGGGGCCAAGGUGUGCAGCUUCUUCAAGCAUCACACGCCUGGUGGGGGGAGCACCCCCCCUGGCCUGGAGCGCCAGCAUUCGCUCAAGAAGUCCCGCAAAGAGAAUGACAUGGCCCAGUCUCUCCAGGGUGACCUGGCUGAUGACAGCACCCCUCGCCCUGGCAAGAGCAACCUCAAGCUGCCGAAGGGCAUUCUCAAGAAGAAGGCAUCAACCUCUUCAGAAGGGGCAAAGGAGGACCCUCAGGAGCUCAGCCCAGUGCCCGUGAGCCCAGGGCAGACUGCCCCUGUGCUCCCCAAGAAGGGCAUUCUCAAGAAGUCCCGGCAGCGCGAGUCUGGCUACUACUCCUCUCCUGAACCCAGUGAGUCUGGGGAGCUCUUAGACGCAGGUGACGUGUUUGUGAGUGGGGACUCCGUGGAGCAGAAGCCCCCCCAAGCCUCUGGGCUGCUCCUCCAUCGCAAGGGCAUCCUCAAACUCAAUGGCAAGUUCUCUCGCGGGGCCUUGGAGCUGACAGCCCCCACCACCUUCGGCUCCUUGGAUGAACUUGCCUCGCCUCGCCCCCCAGCCCGGGCCAGCCGCCCCUCAGGGGCUGUGAGCGAGGACAGCAUCCUGUCCUCUGAGUCCUUUGACCAGCUGGACUUGCCAGAAAGGCUCCCCGAUCCCCCGCUGCGGGGCUGUGUGUCUGUGGACAACCUUAUGGGGCUUGAGGAGCCCCCCUCCGAGGGCCCUGGAAGCUGCCUGAGGCGCUGGCGGCAGGACCCCCUGGGGGUUAGCUGCUUUUCCCUGACAGACUGCCAAGAGGUGACAGAGACCUACCGACAGGCACUGGGGGUCUGCUCAAAGCUCGGCUGAGGGGUGGGCGGGCAAGCUCUAAGAUACAGCUGGCUGAACUCGAACAGGAGAGUACCUUCUCCUCUGCUUCCCAGGACCCCUGUUCCAGCUCAGAAGGCUGAGAUGGUUUG